AUGAAAAGCGGCGGCAUCAAUCCCGCUCCCGAGGAUGCUGUUAUUAAUGAAUUACGCCGCGUAUGUAAUACUAUUGGGAUACCCUACAGCCACAAUCGUGCUCCUCCUAUUCAACAUCGUAUUUUCCCCUGGGACACUGUGAGCUGCAAUAAAGUGGAAUUUAUCAGCCACCUCUGCCAAGACGCCUCUGACGACGUCAAGCGCACGGCUCUUGAUUCUAUUUACUCCUCUCUAGGAGAUUAUGAUUUUGAAUUAUGGACGGACGUUUCUUCCUCUCUCGCCGAGCUCGCACCUGGAUCCGCUGCACUAUUGUAUGGCUCCACCACGACAAAUGAUCUCCCUGUGGAGGUCCAUCGUGCAGCAGCUGGCAGGCUCGCACGCUCAUAUAGAGCAGAGUGCCUUGCCACUGAAGAUGGCAUUAUACAUCUCAUACCUUUUGUCUGGAAACAUCCCAAUCGCCCACACGAAUCCUGGUGGCUACGGACUCCCUGUCGAGAACUGAGGCACUCCGCGUCGUCCCACUGGCCGUGCGAGACUACGUUACUGAAGAGAGUUGGAUUAUGCUGCUCUCCUCGAUACAGCGAGGUCACUCUGUAA